CUUGCUUAUCUGCAUAACUAAAUGCAGAUGGUUGCUUUUCGCUACCAAACAAAAGACAGACUCCUUAUAAAAUUGUUUCUAAUAUUUAGAAUCUAAGGAAAAUGUCAGCAUGUUUCAUCUGGAUUUGUGUUCCUACGUUGGCAGUCCUGCUGAUAUUUUACAGUUUGACAGAUGUUUCUAAACCCGACAUCGACAGUGUUAUCACAUCCUCAGUCAGUGAUGCCAACACACUAGGCGCCAGAGCAGUACCAACAUUACAGCUAGUAUUCAUUUUCAGCCGUCGUGGAAUUAGAGGCCCUGCAUUUACCUACCCGAGUAGCCCUUACCAUCCCCUGAAUACCAACUAUUGGCCUAAUGGUUGGGUUGAGCUCACCGCCAGAGGUCAUGUCCAAAUGUACAAACUGGGGAUGAAGUGCCGCUCCUUGUACAACGGCUUUCUGGACCUCAUAUACCGCAAGGACGACUUACAGGCCAACAGCACUCUGUUUGCACGGACUAUGAUGAGUGCGAGUCAGUUCCUGGCGGGGUUGUACCCUUCUCGUGACUACCAAUUGUGGAACAAAUAUUUACCCUGGCAACCCGUGCCGAUAUACCCUACUUACAAGGAUAACCAAAAGAUCGCGUACGCCAUGCUGACCAUGAAGUGUCCUAGAUUUCACGAAGCUUGGAACAAGUCUGUAGCAAAGUUUCUCCUCAAAUAUAAACAAAAUAUUACAGACUUGCUAGAAUACGCAAAACCUUUUUCAGGAAUUGAAUUUGAUGAGUCUUUUAAUGACACAGAGUCGUCCUGGAUGACAAUGUUUACGAUGUCGGAGUCUUCCUUUCCGGUAAUUGACGAAGGACUUCCACUGCCCAGAUGGAUGGACGAAGUCUAUCAGCGAAACUUGACAUUCUUGACCCGCCAAGCAAUGUGGGCGGCUUCUGUGGGCUCGGACACACAGAUUAGAUUAAUAGAGGGUGUAUAUUUUAAGGAAAUGAUGAGUCUAAUGAGAGCGAAGAUCGAGGGUACUCUACGCCCAGACAGGAGGAUGUUCUACUUCUCCGGGCACGAUUUCACCCUCCUGGGGUUACAAGGUGUCCUGGGAUUGGCCCACGAUCCAUCUUGCCUCCUCAAAUCCAGGCCGGGAUCUGCCUUAAUUUUCGAGCUCCACAAAAAUCUUCAAACUGAUAGGUUUUACGUUCAGGUAUUGUACGUAGACGGGUCAUCUCCAGACAAGACGCCAUUAGAACUCAACAUCCCCAGCUGUGACUCUCCCUGUGACUUUCAUCUGCUGUUAAACAUCACUGAGAAAUACACCAACAUCACAGACUGGAAGAAGGAGUGCCAAAUUAUAGACGACUAGGGAAUUGUUUCUAUUUUUUUUUUGUCUAAAUGAGAAACUAACUCUUGUUACAAUUAAUUUUAUAAUACAAAAAACUAAUGAAAUAAAAUUUAAUUCCAAAA